GAGACGGGUUCGAAGAUGUGCGACAUGUCGAGGAUCGAGAGGAGAGCGUACCGGGAUCAAGAUCCUCCGCGAAUCCGCAAUAAAAGCACAGAGGAUUUGCUGAGGAACGAGUUCCAGACAUCCAGCAGAUCGACUCCGAACUCGCCGACGGCUCUGCAGCGCGUUGCGAGUUUAGAAAAAUGCUACAGCGACCCGGACUUUUCGAAGAAACAAAAAAACCCAACGAUCAAGAUCGCCGAUAUCGAUCCUUCGCGAAACGAUAACCCAUCUGCCAGUUCCAGUCGCGAGGACAACUUGUCGGCGGAUCAAUGCGAUAAAAUUGGAUCGAGGAACGCCUGGAACAGCGAAGAUUUCGCGAAAGAGUUAGCAGCCAAAGUGCCUUCGUCUAAAAUCCUAAAAGAGGUGGUUUUUAACGGUACGACGACAAACGAGUCUGACAGCUGCACCAGCGGUACGAGCAAAGUGACAAACGGCAAGGACAUGGCUCCGGUCCUCGGCGUUCCGCCGCCUCCGCCAGCCCCCCACAUGGGACCAGACGGUCUUAUCUUGCCGCGAAAGCCGAACAACCCCUACAUCGGCUCGAUGAACCACAAGGACCUUCACCGAGAAUUGCUGUUCAACCAGAGAGUGGGUAAGAACAUACUGAAUCAAAAAAGCGAGCUUCAACGAGCACUCGAAAAACAGCGGGAGGCAGCCUCGAGAAAGGAGGCCGAGAGAAUACGGGAGGAAUCCUUCAAGGACGACCCAAGGACAGCGCUUCAACGUGCCAUCGAGCAGAGAGCCAGACACAUUCAACUCAAGGAACAGCCGGAGAGUAUGGAACCUCCGAAUCCUUUGGUAACAGCGAGAGCAAAGUUGAGAACACGGACGGAAUCGCAGUGAGAAGAAACGAAAGGCGAUAACGAUUAACCUGCUCUAGAGCCUCUUUUCAUCACCACCUUCCUCUCAAUCCAGUAUGUAUGAUAUCACAUCCUGCGCAAGAAGGAGGCAGCUCAACUUUUUGCGAUGAAAACAUAGUACAAAAGACGUUAAAGUAUACCUAAUACCUAUAUACCUAUUGCAACACAAUUCAUGUACACGUAUUACGUACACAUGUGCAACCAAGAUAAAAUUCAAUCGUAUUGGAAUCCAACGUCUGAUAGUGCUAGGCAAUACGGCGUCAAAGAGUGAGUAAUCAGUCGACCGUUUUAGUUCGAUUGUAUAAAUAUCAAUCAAGACGGAAAAAAUCACGUACAAGCUGUCAAGGGCUUUUAUUGCGUUACGUAAAGUCUACCCGAAGCGAAGAAUUAGAAACAAACAACUACUUUUACAAUUUAAUACAGCAAUACCAGACAGUGGGCUUCUGAUACGGAUUUCCUCGUAGAAAUGAAAAAGCCACAAUUGAUAAUAGAACUCGAGGCUCGACCCAUGACGAACCCCGCAACGAACACGAAACGUGAAUUGUGAACGAUAUCGACACUCUUAGUACUCUUAGUUGCGUUCGAGUCGCGUAUCGGUUACGUUACGUUGUUCGUCUCAUUACUCGAUAGACUUACAGAAGAUCUGACUGAAAAAGAGAUAAUAUAUAUAUAUGUAUAACAAAAAAGAAAAAAAAAAACAGAUUAAUUUUCAUAAAAAUCCUAUAUUAAACGAAAAGUGAAAAAAAAAGACAAAACGGAGCUACCUACUUUUUGAUGCCUAUUUUGAAUCUUCAAUUAAUAAUCGAUACCAUAUAUAUAUAUAUACAUAUACUAUAUGUAUGUGUACAUAUUAUAUUUGUACCAUAUUGUUCUAUGUUAUACUAGUUUUAAUGUUUUAAUUUUAGAAAGUAUGAAUCGUAUAUAGUAAUAUUAAUGUAAUUAUUACUACCUGCAGUUAGCUAAAUAGCUGGCUAAUAUCUAAUGCCUGUAUAGGAACCACCACCUACGCCCAACACAUACAAAAUAAAAUGCCUUACCAGGUCCUCUUUCCAACAUCCUGAAGUAGAAUAAUGUACACCUUACACACAUUCUGUUACGGAGACAGAGAUUGAGGAUUUUUGAAACAAGUGUUCUUUUUUUCUAUACCGAACUUAAAUGUACUGUCUGAAAUUAAGAGUUGUGCUAAAUUGUACCCAACUUAUUGUUAGAUUACAUUAAUAUGAAUAUUACCUAAAUAUGUCUAAUAAAAGCACACACGCAGCAUUUUACAGUUAUAAUUCCCAAAUAUAUUUUAUUUAACAUUGACAUUCAUUUUUUUUUGUUCCUGUUGUGUUUUGUUGUCAUUUAUUUAUUUUUUCCCCUUUAAUUCAGAACUGCAAUCGUACUGGGAAAAAUCACAACUGUACGUAUAAAAAAGAAAAUUCCGGUAUCGAAAUACAGCGAUACAUAAAUAUGAUUAAAUGGGCUUCCAACAUUAGCGUAUCAGAUGAAAAAAACG